CCGGUUUACAUGAAACCUUGUCUUGAGUCCUGACUCUACCGUACCCCAAUGAUGCAUCAAGCUUUACUUGUUCCCGAAGUCAUCCUGGAGAUAUUCGCCUAUGUGAACACAAUACCAUCUACUCAAACAUCGACCCAGAAAUUGUUUGCAGGGCUUGCAAGGACAUGCAAAAUCUUCUAUGAGCCUGCGAUGGAUUUGUUGUGGGUUGAAAUCCAUGAGUUAGAACCACUGCUAGGUUGUGUAGCGAGGCUACAUCCACUGAUAUAUCAUCAUAGUCGUACAAGGUGGAACGAGCCCUGGGCGAAAGAUGUCGAGCCAUUAUCUGCCCAUGAGGUCCAUCAAUUUCUGCGUCACUCCUCCCGUAUACGCACAUUGGACAUAAAAUCCGAACAUCCGCACCUUCUCUCUGUCAUCCCUGCCGAGGCAUGCAUUUUUCCGAAGCUGAAGUCAUUAAGUCUUUCCACCACAUAUUUGAACCACUUUCUGCCUCACAUGCUGCACCGAUGUCAUCUAUUGAGCGUCGACGAGGGUCUGCAAUCUUUUGUGACACGUUGCAUUGCUCUGGAGCAUCUACGCAUCUACACUCCUGAAAUAUGCGAUGGCGACAGCACAGCAGAUGAGCUGUCCCCGCUAUCUGAUAGGAUUCAUUGGUGCACGCAGCUUGUAACUCUGGCUUGUCCAAUGCUCGACUGGGCAACAUGGAAGCACCUCUCCUCCCUCCCUACUCUUCUCAAAUUGAGAAUUGAGCAAGGGUGUAAUGACCCUUCUUCGUUGUCAAAACGAGAUAUCGUGAAUCUAUCAUUCCUUAACAUCACAACCCUUUUUUUUCAAGAGCUCUACGAUCCUAAAGAUAUCAUCACAGUCAUGCAACACUCGCAAUUUCCCUCGCUGAAAGAGUUCGCGUUUGAAGCCAACUAUUUCUUUUCAGAACAGGCCGAGCAACUCUUUCAUGCUCUGUCCCACUGUCGGACUCUAGAAGAAAUCUCCAUUUGUUCUUAUGAUGACGAAUUCAUGGGAAACGACGGAUCUUUGACACCAAUUCCGCAUUUCCUUUGCUUCACACAGCUCCGAACCCUGAAGCUCAUGUUGAAUAAUUUUCACAUCUACCUGGACAAUGAUAUGCUCUUGCAAGCUAUGUCUAGUUGGCCGCACAUCCGCACCCUGGAAAUCGAUGACUCUGCUUUUUCUUCCGAAGUCACCCUCCGUGGAUUAUUCACAGCGCUCGGUCUAUGUCCACAAUUGCAUACACUACAAGUUCCAAUCAAGAUUGCAACUAUCGACAUCGAUCCUGAUGCUGAGCCAAUACAACAUACCUCCCUACGAUCAUUGGAUUUGGAGUCAUCCGAGUUUCAAAUAGCGGAUGCUGAAAUUAUCGCUCGCAUCAUUUCCGCCUGGCUCCCUUGUAUCGACCAAGUUCAAAACCUAUAUGGUUUAAGUUGGGUUGAAGUCAACAGGCAUCUUAGAUCUUUGAGAGCGGCUACUGCGCCGCAUGUCGUGGGAGCCUCCUAGAAUAUUUGGGUUUGGAAUACAUUCACGAAUGUUGUUACAUACCUUCGAGUUCUUUCAUUCAUUCGUUAUCGUUGUCGUCGCUGUUGACUGUAGUUAUGAAUGGCUGUACUAGUACUUCUGCAUAAUCGCCAACAACUCACUGGUUCAGUCCUUUUGAUAUC